CAAUCUGUAAAAAAAAAACCCAAAUUUUUUUCUCUCUCUCUGCUUUCUCAUCCUUUUUAACAUGCCAAUCCAUUAACUCUGCAACCAGUUUUCUCCCAAAUUCCAUUUUUUACAGAGAUGAAGUUGCCAAUAUCUGUGCUUCCUCUCAUCGCUCUUACUUGUCUUCUUGUUUUUUUGGGUCCUCGGUUCUCGUCGGAGUGGGGCUCUGCUUCCUCCGAAACAGAGGAUUUCCGUUCAAAUACGACGGCGCCGCCGCAGCCCGAUCAGACCGUGGAGAAAAAACGACUACAGCCACCUAUCUCUUAUUACUCUGUUUCGAACCACUCUGUUUUUUCUUCUUCUCCUCCGCCACCACAACCGAUCAAUGAAAAACAGAACAGUGUUCUGCAAAUUCCUAACACGACAGUCAACGAAGGUUUGGGAGAAACCGCCAUUAAUGAAGUGAGAAGAAAUGUUUCUUCAGAUGGGGCGGCGGUGAAAGCCAGAAGGCAGAGGGAAUUUACGAAAUUGGAGAGAAUCGAAGCGGGGCUUAGAAGAGCGAGAGCCGCCAUUAGAGAGGCCAAGUUCCAAAACCAAACCCAGGAUCCUGAUUUUGUUCCGGCUGGGCCAAUGUAUUGGAAUGCCAAAGCAUUUCAUAGGAGCUACUUGGAAAUGGAGAAAGAGCUGAAGAUCUUUGUGUAUGAAGAAGGGGAGCCUCCCCUGUUUCACAAUGGCCCCUGCAAGAGCAUCUACUCGACCGAAGGCAAUUUCAUCAAUGCCAUCGAAAUGGACUCCCGCUUUCGAACCAAAGAUCCCGACAAGGCCAAUCUCUUCUUCCUCCCCGUAAGCGUGGCCAUGCUUGUUCGGUUCGUGUACGUCUCCAACUCUCAUGAUUUCUCUCCAAUUCGACACACCGUCGUUGAUUAUGUCAAUGUCAUCGGAACCAAACACCCCUUCUGGAAUCGCACACUCGGCGCUGAUCAUUUCAUGCUCUCGUGCCACGAUUGGGGCCCAGAGGCUUCAAAAUCAGUUCCCCAUUUGUACAAAAACUCAAUCAGAGUCCUCUGCAAUGCCAACACUUCCGAGGGCUUCAACCCCUCCAAGGACGUAUCCUUCCCUGAAAUCAAUCUCCAGACGGGUUUCUUAACCGGAUUUCUUGGCGGCCCGUCUCCAUCCCGCCGCCCGAUUCUGGCAUUCUUCGCCGGAGGCCUCCACGGCCCGAUAAGGCCAAUUCUAAUCCAGCAGUGGGAGAAUCGAGACGACGACAUCCGAGUCCACCAGUACCUCCCCAAAGGAGUGUCUUACAUGGAGAUGAUGAGGAAGAGCAAAUUCUGCCUCUGCCCCAGCGGAUAUGAAGUUGCCAGCCCCAGAAUCGUGGAGGCCAUCUACACCGGCUGCGUUCCGGUCCUGAUUUCCGACCACUACGUCCCGCCGUUCAGCGACGUCCUCAACUGGAAAUCGUUCUCCGUCCAAGUCCCCGUCCGGGACAUCCCCAAUUUGAAGACGAUCCUCACCGGAAUUUCGACGCGGCAGUAUCUCAGAAUGUACCGGAGAGUGGUCAACGUGCGGCGGCACUUUGAAGUCAACUCUCCGGCCAAGAGAUUUGAUGUGUACCACAUGAUCCUGCACUCUGUGUGGCUGAGGAGACUCAAUCUUGGAGUGCGCCAAUCGUGACCGUUGGAGUUGGUUUUUGAUCAAUUUGUAUACAUAUUCAUAUUCUUAUUUCUCUUCUAAAUUGUUUAUAUUUUGUUUUCGUAAUUUUUUGUUCUAUGCGUUCUCUAAUUUGAUUGGGAGUUGAAUUCAUGGUAGGUAGUUGGGUCGUGAUCAUUUUGUUUUGUUGGUUCUUCUUAGAAUAGUUUAUAGCCCAUUUUAAGAAAAAUUCACAAGAUUUUGUUUUGA